AUGAUGCUGGCCACAGUGUUCCACAACUACCUGGGAUAUGCACCUGGUGCUGACUCACUUCCCAUCCUGUCCAAGCUAGGGCCCAACACAACAACUGAGUUGAUGGCCACCUCUCUGUGUUCUGAGAAGCUGCUUAUGGCUCCAGACUUGCAUGCUGACCCCACUUUUGUUGAGAAGUAUGCUGAGCUGUACUGCACCAUGGUGAAGGAGCAGAAGACAUCUGCCAGUCUUCCAUGCAAACUGGAGGAGGUCCCUCUACCCAUCUUGGGGAGUCUCACCAAGUGGUUGGCUGCAGCACAGUGCCCCAUGGAUGUGGUUGGCAAGAGCAGCAUUUUGCUGGGCAAACAUGCUGAUGACUUUGACAUGCUGGAUCUUGGAGAAUUGGAUAUUGCUGAUGGGAAUGGAGCUGAAGACUGGCAGAAGGCCAAAGAGAAGAUGGAGAGGGAGAUGGAGAAGCUGGAGAAGCAGAGGGAAAAAGAGCAAGUGAUGUGGGAUGCUGCUCUGGCCAUGGGCAAGGGGGGUGUAUGCAUGCAGACUAGCACAGGCACACCAUUCUAUGUUCGAGCCCCUUCGCCAGUGGUCUUUGAUGACUACCCUCCCCAUAUCUCUGAAGAAGUGUUGUCUCUGGCUGCAGCAAUCCCUGAGCAGCCUGCCACACCUGGACCUGCCAAGUUGAUCUCUGCAAGUCCUCCUUCCUCCCCCCCUCAAAUACCUGGUCCUCCUGCUGCUUCAUCAACUGAAGCAGCAAAAAAGUGGAGCUGGAAGGAGUGGAAAGCUCAUAGGAAGGCCCAGAAGGAAGCACAAGACGGGGAGCAUGAGGCCAAAGAAGCUGAUGUAGAACUUCUGCACAAAUGA